AUGGCUAAAAAGAACGUAACAGAUUUGUUGAAAACAUGUAUUUAUCAUGUUCUUCUAUCUUUAUCAGUUCUUUAAAAUAAUGCAAUAGGUUUGUCUUUGUAAAGCAUGUUGCAGCUUGGCUGUUUGAUGUCAGGUAUACCACAAGAAACGAUGGUACAAGUGUCAUACGACCGUCAGACUGUAUUCUAGGCCAUGUAGCAAUAAUAGAUAAGAAUAGAUCUCACGGACGUCUUGGGUCCAUUGUAGGUGAAGAAAGAGGUUAACUUCAAGACCAGGCUCGUCAUGGAUGAUCGUGAAGACAGCUUCAUUUCUCUCUAUGAUCGGGUAGAGCACGGCCCCCCCAUUAUUAUACCACGACUAGCCCCUGGGCUGAAAGACAAAAAGCAUCAUACCCACAAAACAACAGCACAACACUAUGGGGCGCAAUUCGCACCUUUAUCGUGGUCGAGGGCUGAUUACAGCUGGAAGUCUAGCUACCAAGACGAGAAGAUGAAAUAUGUCUCGGUGGCAGGCAAAAUUGAACAGCCACUCUACAACGAAAGCGACGUCGUUUUUGCAGGAGCCCUUUACAUCGUCCAUCCUGUAGUUCAGGCCCUGAACCUCAUCUACCCCAAGGCGACUUUUACCGUCAUGUCAGACUACGAUCUAAGCCACUACUUCGUCGACGUCAUGCUCGCGUAUAUAGAUAGUAGUGGCGAAUCUAAGCUGUUCGCUUUGCUUGAAUCAAAACGACAUGGUUCAAUCGACGUAGAGGAAUGGUUGGAUGCCAUGGAUAAUAGGCCGAACCAACCGAUACCACCGCAACGAAAGCGCCAAAGACGACACCCACAAGGAAGUACUCCACCGUCAAGAAACAGAAGUCUAUUCGGGUCAAAUUCCAGCAAAAUCAUUAACCAGCUGACAGGUAUGCGAAACUCUUCGGUCUACCCCGUGUCUAUGUUGGCGUGACGGAUUGGACAAACGCGUG